UAAUCAGCAGUCAGGCGGCAGCAGACGCUCAGUGCAGCCAGUGUGCGGGGUGGAGAAGGACCGACAGCUCAGACUGGAGUUAUGGCUCAGCUCCGGGAAUACAUGUCUGUUCUCGCUCUGUCUGUGUCACGCGGGCUGCAAUUUUCUCUCCUUUUCUGCCCUUGACUUCACUUUCUCCUUCCUCUUUUCUUCGGGAGUCGGUACGAACAGUCGGUCGUGCGUCACGGUGCGUCUUUGCGCAUUUUUUCUGGAUCUUUAAACAGAAACGGUGAUUUAUUUAGCCUGGACUAAAAUGAGACGUCUUUUCUGUGUGAACGAGAGGAGAGACGGCGAUUCGCAGCCAGUGUCUUUCUUUGAAUACUUGGCUGCAGCUGCCGGUGGAGCCGCCGAAUAAAUCGGCGCUCUCUAUAAGGAAAAAAAGGGUUGCAGUAAGCGGCUUUUUCUCCCCCGGAGUCCUCUCUGCCCGUGACAAUGUGCCAAGUCAAUCCACCACACAGGAUCCCGCUAAUUUGUGAUGGUUCCACGUUUUUUCUUCUCCAGGAUUGAUUUUUGGGAGGAGAUUUUCUGUUUUUUUUUUUUGUUUUUGUUUUUUUUUUCUCGGAGUGAAGGUCAGUACAGAGAUCUGCGCAUUUCCCGUGCGUCACGGUCCCAUUUUAACACCAAAUAGCGGUGGUGCGCCUGUUUUCUGCCCGCUUGUGUGUGUGUGCGUUUAUGUGUGUAUGAGCGCCUUUACCUGUUUUUUUCCCCUCUCCUUGCUUUAAGAAUUCAGCCGCCGAUUUUCCCCCCUCAAAUUCAAGGCUCAAACUGCAAAGUUAAAUGUUGGAUCUAUAUUUCAGCGACCAUUUUUGGCUGCAAAAAUGCUGAGCGGCGUCCUCUUUCUGAGCGUCCUCACGGUCACCAGCCUGUCACCGUCCGAAACGGAGAGCCGCGAAACUUCAUCCUCCAAAGAAAUCUGCAAGAGCCGCUGCACCUGUGAGGAAUGGGGGAACAUCCUGAACAUCAACUGUGAGAAUAAAGGAUUGACUACCGUCAGUCAGUUCCAGGCGCCUCUAAAUAAAAUCUCCCAGCUUUUUCUAAAUGGAAACUUCUUGUCACGGCUCAGCGCCAACGAGUUUGUCAAUUAUGGCAAUGUCACUUCACUGCAUCUCGAGAAUAAUGGCUUGCAGGAGAUCCAUACCGACGCUUUUAACGGGCUGCGCUCCCUGAAGCGACUCCAUUUGAACAACAACAACCUGGAGGUGAUUAAAGAGGAUACGUUUGCAGGGCUGGACAGUUUGGAGUAUUUACAAGCAGACUAUAAUUAUAUCAGUGCCAUAGAGCCGGGUGCUUUCAGUAAGCUGAAUAAGCUCAAAGUGUUGCUCUUAAAUGACAACCUGCUGUUGUCUUUGCCUCCCAAUAUCUUUCGCUUUGUACUGCUCACGCACUUGGAUUUACGUGGCAACCGGCUCAAAAUGCUGCCGUUUGCAGGGGUGUUAGAACACAUCGGUGGCAUCAUGGAGAUCCAACUGGAGGAGAACCCGUGGAACUGCACCUGUGAUCUGGUUCCCCUCAAAACCUGGCUGGACACUGUUCCUGUCUUUAUGGGGGACAUAGUGUGUGAGACACCCUUCAGACUGCAUGGUAAAGACAUCACCCAGAUAAUAAAGCAGGAUCUGUGCCCUCGCAGGAAUGCUGGUGAGCGUGUUCACUCCCCCUCUGACUCUCACUUUCAAGGGGCCCUGCCCCCGACCUACCACCCCGGCAUGAUCACCCCCACCCGUGCCCCGAAAGCCUCCCGUCCACCCAAAAUGCGCUACAGGCCCACCCCUCGGAUCACAAAGGACAAACAUGUCUUUGGGCCCAUAAUGGUUUACCAGACGCGUUCCCCCGUGCCCAUGUUGUGUCCCAGUGUGUGCAUGUGCACAUCACAAAACCCUGACAGCGGACUGAACAUCAAUUGCCAAGAGCGGAAGUUGCAUAACAUUAGUGAGCUAAAUCCCAAGCCCUCCUAUCCAAAGAAACUUCACCUGACUGGUAACUACUUACAAGUGAUUUACAGAACUGAUCUCACUGAGUACAGCUCACUGGAGCUGCUUCAUUUAGGAAAUAACAGGAUUGCAGUGAUUCAGGAAGGUGCAUUUGAGAAUCUAACAAACCUCAGACGGCUCUAUCUAAAUGGGAAUUACAUUGGAUCGCUUUCGCAGUUACUCUUUGCAGGCCUGCAGUCGCUCCAGUAUCUAUAUUUGGAAUAUAACAUUAUCAAAGACAUUUUACCUCAAACAUUUAACUCUUUACAUAAUCUACAGCUGCUUUUCCUGAACAACAACCUGUUAAGAUCACUCCCUGACAAUGUUUUUGUGGGCACAAUGUUAACAAGACUCAACUUGCGGAACAAUCAUUUCUCAUACCUUCCAGUUCAGGGGGUCCUCGACCAGCUCUCAGCUUUUAUCCAGAUUGACCUGCAGGAGAACCCCUGGGACUGCACCUGUGACAUUGUGGCUCUCAAAAACUGGAUGGAGAUGUCCAGUACCAGUGUAGUGGUUAAUGAAAUCACUUGUGACUCGCCCUCUAAACACGCAGGUCACCUGCUGCGUUCGCUUCGCAAUGAGGCCAUUUGCCCUGAACCCAGCGAGGUGCCCCCGUCACAAAAUGCCCCUCCUACAAAAGCCCCUACAUUAAUGAGCCCUGGCACUGAGGCUACCACUCCCUCCUCCUUUUCUUCUUCUUCUUCUUCUUCUUCUUCUUCUUCUGCUUCUUCUGCUUUUUUUAGCUCAGUUAGUCCCACCGAAUCCAGAAUCCAGACUACUGAGUUGCACCCCGAGGUCCCACUGUCAGUCCUGAUUCUUGGGCUACUUGUUGUUUUCUUCCUCUCAGUCUGCUUUGGAGCAGCUCUCUUUGUUUUUGUUGUGAAACGGCGCAAAGGAGUCGAACAUGUCUCCACAAGAGCCAACAACUUAGAUCUCAACUCUUUCCAAGUGCAAUAUGGCUCAUACACCCCUGAUCCAACCCAAGACAAAACCUCUGAAAGCCCCGUUUAUAAUUACACCCCCCCACCAAUGGGCUCCAUGUGCCAAAACCCUAUUUACAUGCAGAAGGAUGGCGAACAGGUGGCGAAUUACAGCAACCUGAAGGAGCUCAUCUUUGGGCCCCUGGAUGCAAAGAAGGACGAAAUCCUCACCCGCAGCCCAGAGGCCUGCACCAUCAGCACAGUGGAUUUUAUGGAUAAAUCUCCAGCAUCAUGCAGUUUGACCACCCCAGAGCCUCCUGAGAUGCUGUAUCAAAACUUAGGGGAGAGACCCAACAAGGAGCUCCCUACAGCUGCAGGCGCCCCCCCUUUUCAUUACAACCUUUGCACUUUACCUAAGAGACCUUUUCUCGUGCCCCCCUACGAGGUUGCUAUAGCCCGACGGCAUGUCACCAACCAGGACAGUUUGAACAAAACUGUGCUGUACGGGACCCCCAGGAAAUACUAUGGGGCCGAACACCCUCACAAAAACAAUGAGCACCCACUUCUGCUCCCUGCGAAGCUAAAAGCAGAAACGGACUACUUGGACGUUCUGGAGAAACAGACUUUGAUGAGCCAACUGUAAGAUAGCGACAAAGUUCCCCGCUCCCCCAUGUUCUGUGCAAGAUUCAUAAUAAUCACACAGUUACUGUUAUAAUCUCUAUAUAUCUAUCUUAGCAAUCUGUGUUCAAUUCAACACGAUUGACUGGAAGCUUUUGGUGAUUUUUUUUUUUUUUCGCUUUUCCUCUCUUUUUUUUCCUUUUCAAGAAGUAUAAAAGGAGUAUGAGAAGUAUAUAUAAUGCAGCUCUAUUUUUUUCUCCUGGAAGUUAUAAAUUAUUUCUUCAUUUUUUAAAAAAAAUUGAAAUUCCAAAAGACUUUGAUGACGGCAGGUAUAAAAUGGGCAGGACUUUGUACAAAUAUGGCUUUGUGUGCUUUUCAAAAAACUGUAUUGCUUUUCAAAAGAAAUGUAUUUUUAUUUUCCCUGUGAAAAGCAGAAAAAAUAUGAAAUAAUUAUUGUUUGUAGAAGAAAAUACUUCAGACUGACAUUCCUGUACAUAUUAAGUGUACACAGAUAAAUGAUGAGUGUUAAACCAUAAAAGAAAACCUUUUAAAAAUGCAAUGAGCAUCAAAAUCUUACUAUACCUACUCCAGAAAGUGCCUUUGCACUCAGCUAUUUUAUCAACAAUGCUCUCUGCAAAAUGUAAAUGUAUCUUUUUUGAAAGUGCUGUAUUUUAAAGAAUCAAAUCUUUAUGUAAAAUAGAAGAUGUAUUUGUCUGUUUAAAAUGAAAAAAGAGGAAAAAAAAAAAGACUCGGUCUGAAAUGAUGUAUGAGUUCUUGACAGGGAGAAUCAUGUUAUUUUGCUUUCAAUAUUAAGUGUCUUUGGAGAUGUGCAACGUAUAGAGAAUAUUGUAUGCUAUAGGGCAGCAAUACAGCGCGGUGAAAUUGCGCCAUUAAACUUUCGCUGAAGCACUUUGUCAAGAUCUUGAGCUUGAGGUAAAUUUUGUUUCAACUGUGCAUAAUUAUUUUUGGAUGCUGCGGUGUGCU